GCGUCAAUCAAUCUAGCCUGAUUAAACCAGCCUAAAUGUGAGACUGGAUACGUAAACAAUCACCACGAGUCAAGACGUACGCCUAAAUCACGUGACACGCCCAUUGAGGCUUGAAUGGGAUCUUGCUGUUUCCGCGCUACGAGAGUCACAACAGCAGUGAAUGGCGAAGAGACACUGUACCAACAAGCGGGCUUUUCGAGGCAUGGAAACAACACUAAGUGUGAAAUGAAGGCGGUCCUGUUGAACUGAAAUGAGUGAUGAUCACAGCAAUGAAGAGGUGUCAGAUGAGCCUCAAGCCACCACAUCUUCAGAUGGGUCGAAGUGUGCUAUAUUGGAUGGAAAAUUCUUCAAAGUUGUAUCUCAAAAUCAAAGUGGAAAGAUUGAAGCGGAGUGCCAACUCUGCACUACCAAGAAAGUAAUUAUUUGUGGCUCGUAUGUCGCAACAACAAAUUUCAAGACGCAUUUGAAAAGACGGCAUCCAGAAAAAAUAGAGGAAUUUGAAAAUCAUAAAAAGGAAUAUGCCAGUGGCCAAAAGAAAAAAUCAAAAACUUUCAGGCAGACUCGUUUGUUCGAUCAUGCCAGCCCAUCAAUACCACAAACUAAGGUUGACUCCCUUGUCAAAUCCUUUAUUGUCAAAGGCAUGCACGCACUUGCCACAGUUGAACAACCCGAAUUCAUUGACCUUGUGCAAGGCCUUACCCCUGGUGCAAAUGUUAUGUCCAGACGCACACUAGGACGAAGGAUUGACGAGGAAUUUCUGGCGAAAAAAGCUGCCCUGAAAGAAAGGCUCAGAAAUGUGCAACAUGUUAGUACAACAGUUGAUAUUUGGUCUACAAAGAAAACCAGCUAUUUGGGAGCAACAGUGCAUUGGAUAAAUGGAGACACACUGGAAAGGCAAUCAGCCGCUCUUGCUGUUAGGCAUUUUCCCAGCCCACAUACUUAUAACCGAAUAGCUGAGCUUUUGGAUGAGAUUCACACAGAGUAUGGGCUGUCUUCAGACACUAUAGUGUCUACAGUGACUGACAAUGCGUCCAACUUCGCAAAGGCCUUUGUGGAGUUCAGUGUCACUGGAAAAACAAGUGAUCCAGAUGAAGUUGAAGAGCUGGACGAAGAACUGACCUUCCUGGUCAUAGACCCUGAGAGAGAAGACACAUCUGAAUGUUCCAUCAUUUUACCACCACACGUCCGGUGUGCAACACAUACACUCAGUUUAAUCUCAACUACAGAUGUCAAGAAAUUGAUCACCAGCAAUGCUACUCUCAGCAGGCUGAAUCAUUCAACGAUGGCCAAGUGCUCAGCACUGUGGACAGCAUCUGGUAGACCAAAGAGUGCUGAAACGCUAGGCGAAGUAAUUGAACAGCAACUGAAGACACCCUGCAUUACAAGGUGGAACUCCCUGUAUGACGCCUUGAGCCAGCUGUCAUUCUUACGUGACAAGCUCCCUAAUGCCAUGAUUGCCCUGCAACUUCCACCAUUCAGGGAAAUGGAACUUGACUACAUUGAAGAAUUUUGCAAAGUGUUGAGACCUAUUGCCAUCUCAAUUGAUCGUCUUCAAGGUCAAACCUCUUGCUACUAUGGCGAGCUUUUGCCCACUCUGUUUGCGAUACAAGCAAAGCUUGACGACCUGCAAGCUUCAAACCUGCGCUUCUGUUCACAUGUGCUACAAGCUACAAUAGCGGGCUUCAGAAAGCGAUUCUUGAACUUCUUGCAGCUGGAGCAUGAUGUUAACGAGGCCAUCUUGGCAACAACAACGCAUCCAUAUUUUAAAAUGCGAUGGUUACCCCCAAGGUUGGCUUUAGAAAAGAAAAGAAUACAACAACUGAUGCUGCACUCAGCUGACGAAAUGGGUCUGCUGUCAGAAAGUGACAUCACAACAUCAAGCACAAGCGAGGGGAAUGACGAAUUCUUUGUGUUUGCUGAUCAAGGACCAGACAACCAGAUGCAGGAUGAAACCCUGCCGAGCCACAGCAAGGCAGAAUUGGAGACCCUGCACUUCCUGGAAGAUCCUAGGAAGGACCUGUCUUCCCUGGAUUCAUAUCCUUUAAUAAAACGUCUCUUUGUUAGAUUCAACACCACACUACCAUCAUCAGCCCCAGUCGAGCGUUUGUUUUCUUUCGCUGGACUUGUCAACCGGCCUCACAGACGCUCGUUGACACCUGAAAUGCUCGAGAAGUUGGUUUUCCUGAAAAACAACUGAACACUUACUGCUCUAACUGGUCUGUGAUUUCUGUUUUGUAGCUUAAUUUUUUUAAUCUUUGGAUUUCAAUUUAGCAACCUCCACUUUUAUUUGCUGUAUGCUCCUCAGUUUCAAAUGCAGACCGAAACACUGACUUUUACAUGUCAUUGUACUCAUAGUUCAGUGCAAGCAAACAAAUUUCAGCUUGAAGAGUACUUUUUUUGAGAAAUAACUUUAAGGUGAUGGAGUACCACCAUUCACAAGCAAUGUUUUGUUGUUAUAAUAAGAAGAAUAAAAGAAAAUCCUGGCAUUAUUUCAUGUGUAUUUUUGUAUUUUCAAAAUACAAAAUACUUGUAUUUUAUCUUGAUACAUUUUCUAGACC